AAAAAAUAUUUGGAUAAUUACUAAGGAAAUACGUAAUGGAGGGAGUUUUAAAACAAUAAUUUGCACAAAAGAAAAACUUACUAUUAAUAAAACAGAAAACGACAAAAGAGGUUAGAGAGAGAGAGAGAGGAGAGAGAGAGGGCAGGAGGGGCAGCUCGCUCGGGUUUGGGUUCAUCAUGCUUGACAACUGUAGUGAUUUGGAGCACCAUUCGGCCAUACCGAAGCCAUUUUUUUUUCCCUUCUUCUUCUCGCGAGUGUUUCUCUCUCACACACAUUCUGCGUGUUUGCGUGCGCGUGACAAAGAGCGUGGCGGACCUACAAAGCUGCGGUGGAUUUAUCCCAUUUUCUCGACAUUCCACAGCGUCCAAUUCGAGAUUCGGUGGAAACCCUAAAUAUUUUUUUAUUUAUUUUUGCUGCGGCGGAUUGUCCAAUGUAGAGUGAAGCAGCAGUUCUUUGUUCCAAUCAUUUAUCAUUAAAGGUGAAAAUGAGAGAGACGAGAAGUGGUGAAUCCUCAACCAUGAUAUUCAGCAGAGUUUUUGAGGAUUUGCAUGAUGAUAAUUUUGAGGGAUCUGUGGAUCAUCAGAAAAUUUUUGGUGAGGUUUUCUUUGGAAGUGACGGUAGUAGUAAAAGAGGAUGUUUUGUUUCCGAAACUACUGAAGUAGAUCAUAAUUAUACUAAGCAAACAGACGCGUAUCUUUGCUCAAACAGUGGAAAGUCGUCAUUAACAAGUCAAGCUGAUUAUGCAAAAGAGGAUUUUGCCGGUAAACAUCCAUUAGGAUAUCCUUGUGGGGACUUUACAUCGUCAAUAAUCAGUAACCAUGAGGUGAAGUUAUCAUUUGGAGAUCUGCCAGAUGUGAAACCUGAUUUGAAAGAUACCUUGUUUGCGUCCUCCUCAGGAGUUAUGUCCGGUAUCUCCCAAGAAAAUUUUGGUUCUGCUUUUAACAGUUUAAUUUAUCGUGUAGUUGAAUCAUCUACCCAUGGUAUUACAUCUAGUAGCUAUCAACUGAAGCCACUUCUUUACGGGGACAAAAGAUGUCAAACUAGUGGUAGAGGUAGUCCUAACAAUAGAGUAUUUAGCUUAGAUCAAAAUGACCAGAAGGAAGCUACAAAUGUAGCUGUUACUUCACCUAUUUCUCAAGAGAGCUACGCGAGCAGGCUCCAAGUGAUUGAUCCACCUGUCUCUGUUGCAAAGAAUUUGGAAAUACAUCGACCAACUAAGCCUAAAUGGAAGGAUGCUUGCUUUGUGAAACUGGAUGAAGAGGAAUUCGCCAUGCCAAGGGACAUAAAAAAUGAUCCUCGACCUCUUCUUAGGUACCACGUCAAUCGCUUGCUUAGGUCAGCCGGAUGGGUGAUUGGUAGGCGUAGAAGGAACAGUAAAUAUAAUGGGAUUGGAGAAUAUGUUUAUAAGUCUCCAGGAGGAAGACCAAUUCGUGAAUUUCAUAGGGCGUGGUGUAUGUGCGGUGAGAGUCUGUUGACCGAUUCCAUUUCUUUUAUGCAGACAAGUGACUGUAUGCAGUGGGCUGAUAUGACUGAAUUGUGGAAUGACUUAUCUGAAACAGUUGCAGAGAUUGACGAUAAAUUAAAUUUUCUAGAAAAUACUUCUGCUAUGGCUAAUUUGUGGUACCUUCUGGAUCCUUUUGCAAAUGUAAUUUUCAUUGACAAGACAAUUCGCUUGCUGAAAAAAGGAACUCCAGUAAAAUCAAAGAGAAGUCCGGUGGUUCCAUCAGAUGUUGAGUGUGCUGCCAAAUACCAGAAAAUCUCCAGAUCAGAAAGAAUCCCCGUGAACUCAAGGCCCCGGCAAGAGUGGGAAUGCAAUGACACUAAUCAGAUUGGUGUUGGUCUAUUUGAUGUUCCAAUUAGUGCAGGAGCAACUCAAUUGCUUGGAGGACCCGAGGCUGUUUUCCGCCAUCAAAAUAGCAGCACAAGUUCCCCAAGUUUUGACCAAGCCAAAAUUGAGGCGGAAUGUGAUUUUGGGCAUAAUACAAAGGCUUAUAAGAAAUCACGAAAAAUAUCUGAGAUGAAGCUGAGUGGAAGUCAUUUUGGUACAAGAGGCGAUUGCAGUAUGAGUAAAAUAAGCAAAGCUAGAUAUGGAUCUAAGAAAUCAAAGGUAUGCGGCCUUAACGAUGAUGAUCUCUUAAUUUCCGCCAUUAUGAAAACGAAAACAUGUAGAACCACAAAAAAAUGGUCCACCCGCAAGUCCAAACCUCUGAGGAAACGAAAGACUCCUAAAGGCAGCUGCAGGUUGCUCCCAAGGAACGUUAAGAAGGGCGCUAACUAUAUGACGGAAGGGAACUGGUCGGCCGUUGGAUCAAGAACGGUGUUAUCAUGGUUAAUCCACUCUGGUGUUAUUUCUCUAAAUGAAGUAAUCCAGUACCGAAAUCAAAAAGAUGAUGCUGUGAUUAAAGAUGGUGUAGUUACCAAGGAUGGAAUAUUAUGCAAGUGUUGCGGGAAUGUGCUUUCUAUCUCGGAGUUCAAGAGUCAUGCUGGUUUCAGGUUAAAUGGUCCUUGCACUAAUCUUUUCAUGGAGUCUGGUAAGCCAUUUACCUUAUGCCAGCUGGAGGCAUGGUCAACUGAGUACAAGACCAGAAAAGAAGCUCCUCAAACCGAUCAAGUUGAUGAGCUGGAUCAAAAUGAUGACAGUUGCGGGCGCUGUGGUGAUGUUGGUGAAUUGAUAUGUUGUGAUAACUGUCCAUCUGCAUUUCAUCAGGCAUGCUUGUUUGAACAGGAGCUUCCUGAAGGAAACUGGUAUUGUCCACAAUGUCGUUGCCAAAUUUGUGAGGAUGCAGUCAAUGACAAGGAAACUCCACAAUUGCGUGGGGCUCUGAAAUGCUCUCAGUGCGAGCAUAAAUAUCAUGAAACCUGCAUGCAAGAGAAGGAUAUGAAAGUUGCAUUCGACUCAGACACCUGGCUUUGUGGGGAUAGCUGUCACAAGAUCUACACAGGUCUUCAGUCUUGCAUUGGGUUGAGAAAUCUUCUCUCUGAUGGCUUCUCUUGGACUCUUCUGCGGUGCAUUCCUGGUGAUCAAAAGGUUCAGUCUUUACAGCGUGUCGUUGCUUUGAUGGCAGAAUGCAACUCAAAGUUGGCUGUUGCGAUUACAAUUAUGGAGGAAUGCUUUCUUCCAAUGGUCGAUAUGAAAACAGGCAUAGACAUGAUACCUCAAGUAAUGUAUAACUGGAGAUCACAAUUUGCACGUCUGAACUAUAAUGGCUUUUACACCGUGGUUUUGGAAAAAGAUGAUGUUGUCCUGUCUGUAGCAUCUAUCAGAAUCCAUGGGGUGGCAGUUGCAGAGUUGCCUCUAAUUGCCACUUGCAGCAAAUUUCGUCGCCAGGGAAUGUGCCGCCGCCUUAUCAAUUCUAUCGAAGAGAUGCUAAAAUCUUUAAAGGUCGAAAAGCUCGUUGUAUCUGCGAUUCCCACUUUAGUGGAGACAUGGACAGGUGGGUUCGGCUUCCAACCUUUGGAAGAGGACGAGAGGCAAAAUCUUAGUAAAACUAACCUGAUGGUUUUUCCUGGAGCAGUAUGGCUGCAAAAGCCGUUAUAUAACGAAAACCGCACCUCAAAUGAAAUAAACGGAUCAUGUGAUAAUUCGACUUUUGAUCGUCCAAACAUGGUACAAGGACUACUUUCUCACGAUAAUUUAUCUACAGAAGAAAAAAACAAUAUUGGGACAAGAAACAUAAAUGGUGGAUUGGAAAAUGUGGGAUUAGAUAAGGAGAGAGAGUGUCCUCCUGUUUUGCCAAAUCAACCGUUGAAACUUGAUCAAGAGGAAUAUCGAGAAGUAGCAGAUUUUAACCCGUGUGUUGAAGAAGCAGGUAAUGUGGAAGGGACAAGAUUCGAAGAGUCGGAGACAAGAUUCGAAGAGUCGGAGAGUGCACAAUCUAGAGUCGUUUUUCUUGAUGAUGAAUUAGCGAAACAGCCUGAUGAUUUGUGUGGCGUUUUGUGUAAUCCAAUUUCGAAAGUUUCGCCUAAUGUCGUUUGCGAUUCAAAUGCACAUUGAAAGACGAAAUAUGUUGUCUUUUUGUAAAAAAAUUGUGUUUUAACAUAAUGGAAAAUGAAAUUUCAUCCAGGUUCCUGGUUUA